CUCUGGGGAGUCUCAAAGUUUGUGUUUGGAGCAGUAGUGGAAAGUGGGCUUACUGAGCAGGGAUUUUCUUAGGAUGAGAGCUGUUCUCCUACCUUCAUUUUGGAUGCACACCCUGCUUUAACCCCUCCAGCCUUCGACCCGAUCCCUCGACAGCCUGUCUCCCCGGGGGUUUGAGAUCUCCGAGGACACCGGACUGGAGCCCCUGGCAGUUCUCUCCGGCGGGGGAAAGAACGUUUUCCUUCCUCCGUGCAUAAGCUACACGCACACACACACACACUCACGCGCGCGGAGCCGGAUCGCGCUCUCCCAGGCGGCUCAGCCCGCUCCCCGCUAGCGCUCCGCAUCCUCGGCCCCGCGCGCCCGGACCACCAUGGAGGUGCUGGAGAGCGGGGAGCAGAGCGUCCUGCAGUGGGACCGCAAGCUGAGCGAGCUGUCAGAGCCCGGGGACACCGAGGCUCUCAUGUAUCACACGCACUUCUCGGAGCUUCUGGAUGAGUUUUCCCAGAACGUCUUGGGUCAGCUCCUGAACGACCCUUUCCUCUCCGAGAAGAGCGUGUCGAUGGAGGUGGAGCCGUCCCCGACAUCCCCGGCGCCUCUCAUCCAGGCCGAGCACAGCUACUCCCUGUGCGAGGAGCCUCGGGCCCAGUCCCCGUUCACCCACGCUGCCACCGGUGACGGCUUCAAUGACGAUGAAGCGGAAAGUGAGAAAUGGUACCUGUCCGCAGACUUUCCUUCGACCACCAUCAAGACCGAGCCCAUCACAGAGGAGUCACCCCCAGGACUUGUUCCCUCUGUCACUCUGACCAUCACGGCCAUCGCCACCCCUUUUGAAAAGGAGGAACCUCCUCUGGAAAUGAAUCCUGGGGUUGACUCCUCGUGCCAGACAGUCAUCCCUAAGAUUAAGCUGGAGCCUCAUGAAGUGGAUCAGUUCCUCAACUUCUCUCCCAAAGAAGCCUCCGCGGACCACCUGCACCUCCCGCCCACCCCUCCCAGCAGCCACAGCAGCGACUCGGAGGGCAGCCUGAGCCCCAACCCGCGCCUGCACCCCUUCGGCCUGCCUCAGACCCACAGCCCCGCCAGGGCCGUGCCGCGGGCGCCCUCCGCGCUCUCCAGCUCCCCGCUUCUCACGGCGCCGCACAAACUGCAGGGCUCAGGCCCGCUGGUCCUGACCGAGGAGGAGAAGAGGACCCUGAUCGCCGAGGGCUACCCCAUCCCCACCAAACUGCCCCUGACAAAAUCCGAGGAGAAGGCCCUGAAGAAAAUCCGGAGGAAAAUCAAGAACAAGAUCUCUGCGCAGGAGAGUCGGAGAAAGAAGAAAGAGUACAUGGACAGCUUGGAGAAAAAGGUGGAGUCUUGUUCAACAGAGAACUUGGAGCUUCGGAAGAAGGUCGAGGUGCUGGAGAACACCAACAGGACUCUCCUCCAGCAGCUGCAGAAGCUGCAGACCUUGGUGAUGGGCAAGGUUUCUCGCACCUGCAAGCUGGCCAGCACGCAGACUGGCACCUGCCUCAUGGUGGUGGUGUUGUGCUUUGCUGUGGCGUUUGGCAGCUUCUUUCAGGGCUCGGGGCCCUACCCUUCUGCCACCAAGAUGGCUCUGCCCAGCCAGCAGGAGCCCUACACAGCCUCCGUGGUGAGAUCCAGGAACCUGCUGAUCUACGAGGAGCAUUCUCCCCUGGAGGAGCCGUCCGGCGCGGCCUCGGCCGGGGAGCUGGGGCGCUGGGACCGAGGCUCCUCCCUGCUCAGGGCGUCGGGGCUGGAGCCCAGGCCAGAUGUGGAUCUCCCCCAUUUCAUUGUCUCCAACGAGAGCAGCCUGGAGAAGUCCGUGCUGUUGGAGCUGCAGCAACACCUGGUCAGCACCGACCUGGAGGGGAACGAAACGCUGCAGGUUGUGGAACUCGACAGAAGAGUGAAUGCCACCUUCUGAGAGGCCGUCCCCACCUCCCUGCUUCUCCUGCUCUGCUUUCGGUCCCCCAACACCUCUGUC